AAGCCAACUCAACGGAGGGAAGAAGGGAAGCUUCACCUCAAACCACUCCCCCACUCCACUCCUCUCUCUCCUUCCUCCCUCCCCCUCUCUCCCCCUCUCCCCACACACGGAAACAGCCACUCCUCACCUCCCCCACCCUCCGGUUCAUGUCCUGCUGCUCCCCAUGUCGCCCCCACUCGAGCUCGACUACAUAGGCCUCUCGCCGCCGCCGGCCGCCGCCGCCGCAGAUGCCACCGACGACCUGAAGGGCACCGAGCUCCGCCUCGGCCUGCCGGGGUCCGAGUCGCCGGACCGCCGCGUCGCGGCCGCCGCCGCGACCACCCUGGAACUGCUCCCAGCGAAGGGAGCCAAGCGCGGAUUCUCCGACGAGGCGCCGCCGCCGUCGCCAGCUGCCACUGCCGGCAAGGGAAAGAAGGUGGCGGACGAGGAGGAGGACGACAAGAAGGUGGCAGCGACCCCGCAGCCGGCCGCCAAAGCUCAGGUGGUGGGAUGGCCACCAAUCCGCAGCUACCGCAAGAACACCAUGGCUACUACCCAGCAGAAGAGCAGCAAGGAGGAUGCUGAGGCCAAACAGGGCCAGGGGUUCCUCUACGUCAAGGUCAGCAUGGAUGGCGCGCCGUAUCUCAGGAAGAUUGACCUCAAGACUUACAAGAACUACAAGGACCUCUCCACUGCCCUUGAGAAGAUGUUCAGUGGCUUCAGUACUGGCAAGGAUGGCUUAUCUGAGUACUGCAAGGAUGGUGAAUAUGUUCUGACUUAUGAAGACAAGGAUGGAGACUGGAUGCUUGUCGGCGACGUGCCAUGGGAGAUGUUCGCUGACUCUUGCCGUAGGCUCAGGAUCAUGAAAGGUUCAGAUGCAAUUGGACUUGCUCCAAGGGCAGCUGAUAAGUCCAAGAACCGCAACUAGAAUGGUUGCUUCCUACAGUCCAGAGCAAGAGGAAGAUCCAACGACUGUAGGGCCCUUUAUGAAAAAACCAAAAAGUCUAACAGUUUUACGACGAAUUCUGCCUUAUGGUCUGUACUGCAUGGUUUGCUGUUACGCGAGUAAAGAACUCCAUGUCUGUUAUGUUAGUUUCGCAAAAUCGUCUAUGGACCAAAACUCUAUUCGAUUGUGGUUAAGGCUUUGUACGAGUGUUAUUCGUAUUUGUGUAAAUGGUUUGUUACAUUGUGUGCUGCUACUGUGAGCAGUCCUACCUAGUUUGCGAAACGGUGUUGACGAACUGUUUCUCGUUCCUCUAUAUCAAUGUUCAAUGAAGCUUGCAAAUGUAUUGUCUA